AUGGCUUUCAGCACUUCCUGCUUCCUGAUGGCUGUAAGCACUUCCUGUUUCCUGGGCUGCCUGCCGGGCCCGUCCUCGGCGCAGCUCUUCACGCCGGGGGGGACGGACCUCCGGUCGGCCUUCUCGGCCACGCGCAGCAGCAGCAUCCUGGGCGGGCCGCAGCAGCAGGCCGUGACCUUCGACCGGCUCCUCGCCAACAUCGGCGGCGACUUCAGCCCGGAGACGGGCCUCUUCCGCUGCCGCCUGCCCGGCACCUACUACUUCGCCUUCACGGCGGGGAAGUUCCCCCGCAAGCUGCUGUCGGUGAUGAUGGUGAAGAACGGCCGGGAGGUGCAGGCCAUGGCCUACGACGGCCACCGGAGGAAGGACCGCAAGGUGCAGAGCCAGAGCGUGAUGCUGAGUCUGAAGGCCAUGGACACCAUCUGGCUGCUUCUCCACGCCAGCCCCAAGUACGCCCUGUACAGCAACCUGGGGCCCUACAUCACCUUCACCGGCUACCUGGUGUACCCCGACCACUCCGCCCACCCCAUCAGCAACCACUUGACGUCCCCGGCGCUGGGGUAUCCCGGGUGCCCCCCCGCGGCGGACCCCCGCUCGGCCUGGCGGGGCGGCGGCGGCCCGGCGGAGGAGCCGCGCUCCGCCUUCUCGGCGGCCCGGACCUCCUCGGUCCUGGGCGAGAGCUCGGCCUCGGCGGCGGCGGCGGCGGGGGGGGGGGAGAAGGAGGCGCUGACCUUCGACGUGGAGUACGUCAACAUCGGCGGCCAUUUCAACAAGACCUCCGGCCGCUUCACCUGCCGCUUCGCCGGGGCGUACUACUUCGCCUUCACGGUGGGCAAGCACCCGCGGCGCGCGCUGUCCGUCAAGCUCAUGACGGGCGGCGGCGAGGUGCAGGCCAUGAUCUUCAACGAGGACGAGUCGCAGCGGCGGGAGAUGCAGUCGCAGAGCCUGCUGCUGUCGCUGCGCGCGGGCGAGAGCGUCUGGCUCUACAGCCAGCAGCACGAGCGCUUCGCCGUCUACAGCAACCAGGGCCGCUACACCACCUUCUCCGGGUUCCUGGUCUACCCCGAGGCAACGGAAAACAGGCGU